AUGCCCGUCGUCAAGGGAGGAGUCUGGACCAACAUCGAGGAUGAGAUUCUAAAGGCCGCCGUCUCCAAAUAUGGUCUUCAACAAUGGGCUCGAGUCUCUUCGCUGCUUGCGCGCAAAACUCCAAAGCAGUGCAAGGCAAGAUGGUCCGAAUGGCUGGAUCCUGGUAUCCGAAAGAUCGAAUGGACCAAGGACGAGGAUGAGAAGCUCCUGCACCUGGCCAAGUUGAUGCCCACCCAAUGGCGCACCAUCGCUCCCAUCGUCGGAAGAACUGCCACACAAUGUCUGGAGCGCUACCAAAAACUGCUCGACGAUGCAGAGUCACGCGAAAGUGAUGAGUUCGGUCUUGGAGGUCCUACUGGAGGUGAGGCCGCCGCGCCUUCAGCCGAGGAUGUGCGCAAGUUGCGUCCAGGAGAGAUGGAUCCCGACCCGGAGAGCAAGCCAGCCCGCCCCGAUACUAUCGACAUGGACGAAGAUGAGAAGGAAAUGCUGAGCGAGGCUCGUGCUCGUCUGGCCAAUACUCAGGGAAAGAAGGCAAAGAGAAAGGCAAGAGAGAGACAACUCGAGGAGUCAAGACGUUUGGCUGUCCUGCAGAAGAGACGAGAGUUGAAGAAUGCUGGAAUCAACAUCAAGGUCGUCACAAAGAAGAAGGGUCAGAUGGAUUACAAUGCCGAUAUUCCCUUCGAGAAGGCCCCGGCUCCUGGUUUCUACGAUACCGGAGAGGAAAUGACAACCAACGAACGUGAACGCGACGCUUUCGACCCCCGCAAGCAGCAGCUUCAGCGCAAGAGACAAGGCGACCAGGAUGACAACACCGAAGACCGUAAGCGCCAGAAGAACGACAAGGGCGGAAACCAGGCCGCUUUCGCUGCCGCUGCAAAGGCUGGACGCGAGCAAAAAUUGCGCGAGGCCGAGCGCAGCAGUAGACGUCGUGGUCUCGUCUUGCCUUCUCCUCAAGUCAGCGAGAGCGAACUCGACGAUAUUGUCAAAAUGGGUAUGGUGGGAGAACGCGCAAAUCUACAAGCCGGUCAAAGCGACAACGAGGCUACUCGUGCUCUGAUCGGAAACUACUCGGACGUCGUCGGUUCAACACCUCUUCGUACUCCCCGCGCCCCUCAAGAAGAAGAUCGUAUCGCCAAUGAGAUUCGCAACGCCAGAGCAAGAACAGAAACCCAGUCUGCUUUGUUGGGCGGUGACAACAACGAACUCUAUGAAGGAGAUGCCACAACUGGUUUCGGAGGUGUCGCCCCGAGUAAGCAGGCUACUGCUACCCCGAAUCCUAUGGCAACUCCCUUCCGCAACGGUGUCGCCGCAACACCCCGUGGCCCUGGCGCUACUCCCCUCCGCACACCUCGCGACACAUACGGCUUGAAUACUGGCGAUGGCAUGCAGAUGGUCGCACAAACACCCCGAGACCUUCGCUUACAACAAAAUGCUCUUCGUAGUGACAUCAAGAGCAAGCUAUCCGCCCUUCCCAAACCAAAAGAGAUGGACUUUGAGCUUGAACUGCCCGAAGAACAACAAGAAUUCGCUCCCGAAGCUGAGCUAAGCGAGGAAGAUGCUGCACGUCGUGACGCCAGAAACAAGGCGGCACAAGAAGCACUUGCGAGAGCAGAGUUCAAGCGUCAAUCACAAGUCAUUCAAAGAGGCCUACCACGACCGAGUGUGGUUGAUGUGGAUGCAAUGCUCAAUAACGCUACAAACGACACUGACCCUAUCAAGAGGGACAUUAAUCGUGAGAUGGCGUUGCUCAUUGCCAAUGAUGCUCUCAAAUUCGGCAAAGCCAAGGUUAGAGGUACACCAAAACCCACAACAUCUUUCUCCGACGAUCAAGUCCAACGAGCACGUCUCGACAUCGCCCUGGAAAUGGGCAAAGACGAGCGAGGACGUGCUUUGUUGGCAGAAGGCUUUGGACAGGCUUGGGAGAAGGCACACGAACGAGGCAUGCUUCCUGGUCUUGCUGGUUAUGCAGAAGACGAGGUCGAUGAGCACCAACUAAUGACGGAAGCCUUUGACCAUGUUCAAUCUCGAAUCAUCUCAUCUGCCGAAAAGGGCAACACAUUAGAACAAAGACUUGUCAAGCUUCAGACGGGUUACAUGCUUAGAUCAAACAUGCUACGACAGAAGAUCAACGAAGCAGCGGACUUCUUAGCCAAAACGAGUAUCGAUGUUGACGUCAAAAGGAUUGCAGCGGCUGCUGAAGAGGCUGGCCUGAACGAGAGGCUCGACAAGAUCCGCGACGAGGUAAAUGUUGUUGCAAGGCGAGAGAGGGAGGCACAGGGCACAUUCAGGGAGAGGAAAGAAGAGCUCAACUCGCUGUUGACAGCGUAG